AUGGAAAUGUUACCCGUCGACGUGGGAAGGAAAGAAAUAAGGGAGGAAAGGACUGAUACACAAACAACAAAUGUCUAUUGGUCUUAAGUGUUGUUUUUGUUGUCACUAAACGUGUCAUGAGAAUUGAGUGUUUAGAGACUACUUAAUGACGUUUGAAACAUGUGGCUGAAACCCGAAGAAAUUCUUUUAAAAAAUGCCUUUAAACUGUGGCUUACGGAGAAGGAUAACGAGUAUUUCGUGAUGCAGAGGAGACGAGGGUACGGGGAAGGUGGCGGGGGUUUGACGGGCCUCCUGGUGGGAACACUGGAUACAGUGUUGGACUCAACAUCAAAAGUUGCUCCCUAUCGUAUUCUUCACCACACACCUGACUCCCAAGUGUAUUGGUCCAUAGCAUGUGGUGUCACCAAGGAUGAGAUUUUUGCGCACUGGGAUUGGCUGCAACAGAACAUCAUGAGGACACUCUCUGUUUUUGACUCCAGUGAGGACAUCACCAGUUUUGUGCAGGGCAAGAUUAGAGGUCUCAUUGCUGAGGAGGGCAAGACAUCCUUAGGGUUAGAGGAUGAUCCAGAAAAAUUCCGUGAAGCACUUCUUAGGUUUGAAAAGUGGUUUGAGCUUCCACCACAGGAAAAACUGGUCACAUAUUACUCAUGCAGCUAUUGGAAAGGAAAAGUGCCAUGCCAGGGUUGGCUCUACCUCAGUACUAAUUUUCUGUGCUUCUAUUCGUACCUGCUGGGAUCUGAGGUGAAAUUGGUAAUCUCCUGGGAUGAAAUCUGGAAGCUGCAGAAGACUUCUAAUGUGAUUCUGACAGAGAGCAUCCAUAUCUUGGCUCAUGGGGAGGACCACUACUUCUCCAUGCUUCUACACCUUAAUGAAACCUUUCUUAUCAUGGAACAGCUGGCUGACUACUCUAUUAAACGUCUCUUUGAUAAAGAGGCUUUCAUCGGGGAGCCAGCGCUCUGUGAUCCUGUUCAAGUUACCAAAAGAGGAUUGGAGGCCUAUGCACGGAGUGCACAGUUUCGGACAUUUUUCAGACUUCCAAAACAGGAAAACUUGUUAGAAGUUCAUGAGAGCUCCCUGUGGCUGCCUUUUAGCCACUACAACACACUUGGCAAAAUCUGUAUUUCUGAGAACUACUUGUGUUUUGCCAGUCAAGAUGGAAGCCAAUGCUACGUCAUCAUUCCUAUGCGAGAGCUUGCUAGUGUUGAGCAGCCAGAUGCCACAAGCAGAGCUGUAACUGUGUGCGUACGCAGUAAGAGGGCACUGCGUUUCUCCGACGUGCAGAACUAUCAACAGCUUGCUAAUACAAUCCGCACUCGGUGUGGCAUCAGUGCCAGCCCUCAGCACUCUGCCUCUUCACAGAGUAUACAAGCGCAAAGUCGUUCCCAUAUCAACCAUUUUGAGGACAAUACAGAGGAGGCAAAUCUGAGGGUGCAGCAGAAAGACAGCAGCAAGACUGUAAGCACCGAAGCUCUCAUGACUGUUUUCCACCCUCAGGAUGUUGAAAACCUUGAUCCAAAAAUGCUCAAAGAAAAGAUGAAAGAACAGUCAUGGAACAUACAUUUCUCCGAAUACGGUCGUGGUACAACUAUGUUCUUCACCAGGAAGACACGAGACCUCAUUGUCCGUGGUGUUCCUGAGGCCUUGAGGGGAGAGCUGUGGAUGCUUUUCUCAGGAGCAGUGAAUGACAUGGCCUCACACCCAGGCUAUUAUACUGAGCUAGUAGAACAGUCGCUGGGCACAAGCACCCUGGCAACAGAUGAGAUUGAAAGAGACUUGCACCGUUCUCUCCCUGAGCACCCGGCCUUUCAAAGCGAUACAGGAAUCUCAGCUCUGCGUAGAGUCUUGACUGCCUAUGCCUACAGGAACCCCAAAAUAGGAUAUUGCCAGGCCAUGAACAUUCUGACUUCGGUUCUGCUGCUCUAUGCUAAAGAGGAGGAAGCUUUCUGGCUGUUAGUAGCUGUUUGUGAGAGGAUGUUGCCAGAUUAUUUUAAUCGGCGAAUAAUAGGAGCUCUUGUGGACCAGGCAGUGUUUGAGGAUCUCAUUAGAGAGAACCUGCCCCAGCUGGUGGAGCACAUGACAGACCUGAGUUUCUUCUCCUCCGUGUCCUUGUCCUGGUUUCUCACUCUCUUCAUCAGCGUCCUGCCCAUAGAGAGUGCAGUCAAUGUGGUUGACUGUUUUUUCUACGAUGGUAUUAAAGCGAUUCUGCAGCUGGGCCUGGCUGUCCUGGAUUACAACGUGGACGCCCUGAUCAGCUGCCAAGACGACGCAGAGGCCGUUACUAUCCUAAAUAAGUUCUUUGACAGUGUCACAAACAAAGACAGUCCACUGCCGUCCACAGUGCAGCAGGCAUCAGCAGCCAUUCACGAUAAAACGCCCCACGUGAAUGUUGACAUCAGUGAACUAAUUCGAGAGGCUUACGUGAAAUAUGGAAACAUCAAUUCAGAGGAAGUUGAAAGCUCACGCAAAAGGAACAAACUUUAUGUCAUCCAGACACUGGAGGACACAACCAAGCAAAAUGUUAAUCGAGUUGUGGCUCAAGACGUUCGAUUCAGUGCCUCGCAACUCGACCAGCUGUACAAUUUGUUCAAGAGGCAACAUUUCUUAAGCUGCUACUGGAUGAUGCAGAGUCCAGCUCUUCUCCACCAUGACCCCAGCCUAGCCUAUCUGGAACAGUACCAGUUGGGUUUCCAACAGUUCACUGUGCUCUUUUCCCUGCUGGAGCCUUGGGCGUUCUGCACAGCUAAGAGCACUCUCUCCCUCUGGGCUUUUCGGCUGAUAGACAAGAACCAGGAUGGACUCGUCAACUUCAAAGAGUUUUGCGAUGCCCUUGACACUCUGUGCUACGGCUCUUUUACCGAUAAGCUGAAAUUUCUCUUCAAGCUCCACCUUCCUCCAGCUUUUACAGGCAAUCCUUUGUAUUUAAAGGAGCAAAGAAUUCAACAGUUUGUCCCUGUGACUGAAGAUUCUUCUCAUUUGAGUAGACCUGCUGCAUUUGACCUACCAGAAGAUGGCGUGAUAAGGAAAAGCCCUGAAAGAGGUAGAGGAAAGUUGAACCUCCAGGCCUAUCUGACACAAUGGCAAAAUGAGAUUCUGAAGAAAGAGGAGACCAUCAAAGAUUUACCUCGGAUUAAUCAGACUCAGUUCAUCCAGUUUUCAAAGACUCUGUAUAACAUCUUUCACGGCGAUCCGGAGGAGGAGUCUCUUUAUCGAGCCGUGGCCCAUGUGACUAGUCUACUCCUGAGGAUGGAGGAGGUGGGACGGAGGUUGCAGGAGCCGAGCAGCCCGGUCCAGUCCACAGGGUCUCCCAGCAGCUCUGCUGAAAAGGACGCAGUGACGGAAGACACUGGUGACACCGAACAGAGCCCAGAGAGCUCACACUCCGGCUCACACAGCAGUCAGAAAGCAGAGUCUAGUGACGAGUGGUCCUUUUCAUUUGAGCAGGUCCUCGCUUCUCUGCUGAAUGAGCCGGCCAUAGUUGGCUUUUUUGAGAAGCCUUUCGACAUACAGGCUAAACUGGGACAAGCUAAGGUCGCCCAACUGAAGCUCAAGGUUAAAAAGUGAAAAGAAUAAAAGUGGUUGUAUUUACUUGGCCAUAGAGUCGUGGAUGUUGGCGAAGAAGACUGAUCUACAUGUAUAUUUAAAUAUAUAUAAUUAUAUAUAUGAGGAAAAAUCGUUUUGCUUGUGUGCCGACAGAAAGGCACUCCUCAGAUUUAAUUAUGCAGUUUCAUCUUUAAUGAAGACUUUAAUUCUCUCCUCUAGGCAUUGGUUAUGAAUAAAAUACAAAUGUAUUCUACAUACUUCUCUACGUGCCAAGGUGCAAAAAGAGUAUAAUAUUGUGGAGACAUUCUCUCUUGUCCCCAUGAAGGAAACCUGAUAGGAGUGGCCGUCCUGUGUCUGAUACGGUGUUUCACUACCACUAACUGCUGUAGUAGGUAAACAGGAGCCUUCGCUCUCAGGUUUGUCCUGAUGUAUUUGACCAUGAAUCUCAGUAGCUUUUGCUGUAGAGUGAAACAUAUUGUUAAGGCUUUUGCUGCUGAGCGUCUGGGCUGCUUUAGUGUUUAGGUAACAGUGGCUAUUCACUGGGACAAAAUACUUUUCUUUAUUUCUUUUUGUUCAGUUUAAGCCUACAUUGCACAUCUUUAUAACAGGAAAGCUUUGCACUUUAUAGAGUUAUCUGCCUGAUGGUCAUUAUCAGUAUCCACCUGGUGCAGGAUACGUGUCUAGGAAUCGUACUGACUUAGUACCAGUUUUUUAUUUUCCUGAUCUCUUCAAACAGCCAAUACUUAACUCUAACUUUGCUUUAUUUAUUUAUGAAACCUAUAACUGAAGUCAGAACGUUCUGUCUUGAUAAAACAAUAUUUAGCCAUUUACCACUAACUGCUUUCUGUGUAUCCCCCGAGCGUUGUUUAGAGUCUUUCAGCAGGUGAUCUGACCCUCCAUCAGAACCACUGUAGUCAACCUCAGCUUUUUGUCUAAAACCACUCGUUCAGUUUAAACAAUGCAGAAUCAACAGCAGGGUUGUGAAAAUCUAAAUCUGUGGAACAGCUCACAGAGGAGAGGGCGCUGUGCCACGCAGACGGUAGACAUUACAGUGAAAGGAAAUCUUAUAACGAUGUAUGUUUACAUAAAAGUUCUAAAAGUAAGCUAUAACUACAACUAAUGAUGUCUUCUUCUGUCUGCUGUCCUUAAAGUUUUGAUGUCCUGCACACCUGCGUGCAGUAGUAUGUUGUUUACUGCUUUCUCAGUUUAAUCAUUUUGGAUUUCCUGACCACAUGGGAAGGAGGUUACUAAUGUCCAAAACCAUUUCUCUGUUGAUGUGUUUAGGGCAUUGGGAUCACUUGAUACCUUAUCUAAUUUGUCGAACAAUGUCAGUAAACAUGUUAAGGUGUUUAUCAGUUAGAUAUAAUUUGAAUGUAACAAACGAGUGCAUUAAAAGGGAAGCAAGAGAAAAAAAAAA